UGUACUUUUGUAGUAAGAUUAGAAACAUUAAUACUUUUUCAAAUAUUAUAAAACAAUGGAAUAAGAAGACUUUUGAGCGAAAGUGAAUAUGAUUGAUAUGAAUAAAACUGGUUCUUAGAAAGAAUAUUUGACAUUUUAAGGAAAUAUCGAUAUCAGUGUCACUCAUAUAUAUACAUAUAUAUGUACAGUGAAUGGCCAGCGUUCGAUAACGACUUUAUCGUUAAUAACGAUAAGAUAAGUGAGGACUUCUCAGUAAGAAACGAACCACGAAAUCCGGUACACAUAUUUAAAUUAUGUUCGUCCUUAUAUUUUGUUUCAUCAGUUUGAGUCGCGCUGCUAUCAAUUAUAUUUCGAACAUCACGAAGAUGAAAAGCCUAGCGCAUUCUUUUCGAGAUCAACCGAUCUCGCAGGAUCCAACAAAGGAAAAUUACUCCAUGGACUCCAAGGAAAAUUUAGAUUUAAUUGACGCUAAAGUAGUACGUGGUAUAUCGUACAGGAAGGAAAUCGUACAGAAUUUCCCUAUACAUAAAGACGCAAAAAUCUAUCCGAUGAAUAAUAGACGUGGUAAAUGCGUGAUAUUCAAUAAUGAGACCUUUAUUGAAAUGGAAAAGCGAGAUGGAACUAAAAAUGAUGAGGAAGCGAUAAAGCACACCUUCACUAAUCUGGGUUUCGAAGUGAUACCUCAUUCGGAUCUUGACUACGUUGGCAUCAUGGAGAUUGCUGCAAAGUUGUCUGCGAACAAUUACGAAGAUUAUGACUGUAUCUGUAUUUUUAUAUUAAGCCAUGGCACUAGUGGUGAUUAUGUAUACGCGAAGGAUUAUCCAUAUCGGGUAUCUGAUAUUUGGGGAAGAUUCACCGCAGAUAAUUGUCCAUCAUUAACUGGUAAACCAAAGCUAUUUUUCAUACAGGCUUGUAAAGGAAAGAAUCCCAUGCAAGGUAUUCGUGUAAAGAGUGCAACUGAUUCGGUCCAAAAGAGUUACACAAUUCCUACUCAUGCAGAUUUCCUGUACGGCUACAGUUGUGUAGAAGGUCACUACUCGUUUCGAGGUUUAGAAGGUAGCUACUACAUUCAGGCUCUAUGCGAGGUGAUCAACGAACAUUGGAGGAAUAUGGAUCUACUGAAAAUGUUAACGAUAAUAUCGCGCAAGGUCGCUUUCGAAUUCGAAGUUUCACACAAUAGUUCAUUUCUACAUGAGACAAAACAAAUGCCUACCUUUAGCUCAACAUUGACUAGAGAUCUAUAUUUUUUACCGAAAAAUAAGUCAUAGAACAGUAACAAUAUGUUUUUAACGAAUGAUCUCUUAAAAGUUUUGAAAACAGUCUUUCAUUGUUAUUGCAAUUAAUAUAUACAAAAAAUGUGGUAAAAAUUCAGGAAAGGGAGAAAUACUUUCACCCCCGUUUAUAUACUAUUAGGAUACUUACAAAAAAACAAGGUGAAUCCGACAAACCGUUAGAAAGUUAUUAAAUCUUGUUAAAAAUUUUAUUUUAAACUUAGCUACUAGGAAAGUCCUUGUAAAUUGCUCCCAAUAUUUUUCGCCUUGUCAUCCCUAUGCAAAUUCAAAAUUUUUUCUGAUCCAUGACUUUCUUAACAAUUUUAAGGAAACCACCAAAUUUCCUAAUAAGUAAUUAUGAACGAGGAUGUACAGAAGUAUGCGUUUAAUUUGCAGCCUUUUGUGUUUCCAACGAGUGCGCUGUGAACAUAUAUUCUAUAUAGUACGAAAGUGGAUGCGGCGUUAGAUCACGUUGGCCUUGAGCGAUUAAAUGAUUUUGAACAGAUUUCAGUCCUGAAUUGUUGUAUUGUGAUUAGCACAAUGUUCGAGGAUAAUGUAAGUCCUCUUUCGCGAUUUACAAUUUUAUUAACUGCUUCAUUUCCUUCUAGUAAUCUGCCAAUUUAUGUUAAGGAUAUUCAUCGUUUUACGUGACUCGAGCUUAUUAUAAAUGAGAGGAUAGAUGUAAAGAUAGAUAAAAUUUUGUGAUGCCAGUAUAGUAUGGGCUAUGAUAUAACAAAGUUAUAAAUUGAAUCAUAGUAUUCCAGUCAGAAUAGAAGGCACAAGGUCUUCGUUGGCAGAGGUUGUAGCACGAUCGCAAAGAAUGGCUAUCUUUGAGUUGAAAUCUUACGAUAUUAAAGGAGUAACGAAUUGCAUGUUUCUUAGAAUUUCAGUUUCUUUCGCACUCGAUAGCCAGAGACGUAUUACAAAUUUGAUAUUUUCAAAGGGUAACAUAAAAAUACAAGUAGCAGUAAGAGUUGCCGGACGUCUCGUGGUAGUUCAGUACAUAUCACAUGCUUCUUUAUCAUAUAUAAUUAUAGACAUAUUUAAAGUAACUAUUUAUAUUGUAAUUUUUGUAUGUAUUUCUAGAGUGGUUUCAUAUUUUAUUACCAUAAUCAUGAUAAUCGUGUCGUAUUACAGUCGUAUGAAAAAUUUUGUGCUGUAGAUAGAAUAUAUUUACAAAAAUUUUUUAUAA